AUAUUAUUAUUUUUAUCAAAAACUAGAAUGUGAAUGUUACAAAAUUUUGUUUCGUACCAAGAUUAUGUUACCUAAUUAACAGCAUACAAUGCAACCUAACAGCUCGUCCAAUGAAAUGACCGAUGGCUUGGGCACCGAAUCCUUGCCAGGGACCAGCGCCAACCAGAGUCGCCAACGUCGUCGGCAAGAGAAACGCCUAAGACGCUUGGAGGACAAAAGGCAUUUGCUGUACACCAAGCAUUUUUCGAAUUAUCGCCUGCCGGUGUCUGUGCCCUCAACAGAUCUGAAGAUGGUGCAGCUAAGUCGCUAUGAAUCCAUUGUUGAUCGCGAACGGCAUCCUCCACUCUUUGUGGUACCUGACCAGAAAUCUCAAUGGGCGCGUCUGAGAAUGAUUUCAUGUCCAUGUCACGGCUGCUCCUAUACCUUAGAUCCAAAUGGCUGGUUGUCUCACUAUCUAAAUGUCCAUAUGCCUAGAUUGGGCGUCUCAUUUGUGGAUGUGCCAUUUCCUAUUGAAAAGCAAACACUCCAUGCCACCUGCUCUGUGGGUAGUCUUGAUUAUGACGUCAAUACUUUGUUGGGUGUGUUUGGCUAUCAGCGGUUUGGACUCAAUCCGCUUAAUUGUCCACGCAAUACUCUGCUGCCAAAGGACUACCGCAAGUAUUCCCAGCAUGGCGUUUUAUUGGUUUUUGCCUGCCGUACGCGGCAUGGAUUGCUUUGGCAACGCAAGCAAAUCGAUGAUGUUGUUGCCAUUUGGGUCUCGACGCCGCUGCAGGGUGUAUCCAUAUCGCUGCGCUGCGUAGUACAUCCCGCCCAAUCAACACGUUACUAUGCCAAGCGUUUGCAAGCGCGCCCGCUGCCGACUUCAGCAGUGAAAGCUCCGCCCUGCCGUGAGUUCAUCAAGACGGACAGCAACGUCAUUGUAAUCAGCUAUCAAGAUAUAUGGCAGCUAUUGUCACUAAAUGUGGGACAGCAGCUACUCAAUGUGGAACUGCACCUAAUGGAAGAGCGAAAAAUCUGAUAUCGGUUGUUAAAGCUUGGCCAAAUAUACGAAAGUCGCAUCUAGGCUAUAAAUAA